UGAAUGCUCCUUUGCUUGUUGAACACCCAUAUCUUUUCUUUUCCCAUUUGGCUUAUCAUUUACGAUAUUUAAACCUAUUAUCAAGCAAAAGAUUAUAUAAAAGCUUCAAUUUUAUUGGGUGCAUAAAAAGUGCCAUAUAUUGCUUAUAUGCUACCCUUCUUGUUUUGUAUCAUCUUCCACUCUUCACAAACCGCCAUCGUUAAAUUAAAUUAAAUUGAUACAACAAAUUAUAAUUUUAGAAUUGAAUGUCUUCUACUAAGAAUUCUCCAAAUCAACACGUGGAAGACAUGUUAGUGUUUGAAACAUUAAGGAAGGUGAAGCGUUUAAGGUUGUUAGAACCGUCUCUUGGUGUUGUUGGAUUUUUCCUAGUACUUGCCUUUACUAUAUGUUUUUUCUUCUACUUGGAUUUUAGAGAACUCGAUGGAAAAUUUGGUCUUUCGGGUCAAUUCAAGAGGUUGACUUGGUCAACGGAACAAGAACAUAGUAGAGUUGAGUUUCUUGAUGAAAAGUGUGAUGGGUGUGAUUUAUUUGAGGGUAAUUGGGUUUGGGAUGAAAAAUAUCCAUUGUAUGAAUCAAAAGAUUGCAAAUUUCUUGAUUUAGGAUUUCGGUGUUCUGAGAAUGGAAGACUUGAUUUGUUCUACACAAAGUGGAGAUGGCAACCCAAAGAUUGUAAUUUGCCAAGAUUCAAUGCAACAAUGAUGUUGGAGAAACUAAGAAACAAGCGCCUAGUAUUUGCUGGGGACUCAAUUGGAAGAAACCAAUGGGAAUCACUACUAUGUAUGCUCUCUUCUGAAGUUCCUAACAAGGAAUCAAUUUAUGAAGUAAAUGGUAGCCCCAUUACAAAGCACAAAGGGUUCUUGGUGUUCAAAUUCAAGGAUUAUAAUUGUACAAUAGAAUACUAUAGAGCUCCAUUUCUUGUAUUGCAAAGUAGGCCUCCAACAGGAACUACUAAAAAGAUUAGGACAACCUUGAAAUUGGAUCAAAUGGAUUGGAACUCUUUCAAAUGGAAAGAUGCUGAUGUUUUGAUUCUUAAUACAGGACAUUGGUGGAAUAAUGACAAAACCAUUAAAUGGGGUUGUUAUUUCCAAGAAGGUAAGGAAGUUAAAUUGGAUUUGAAGGUAGAAGAUGCAUAUAAGAAGUCUAUGGAAACAAUAUUGAAUUGGAUACAAGAUACAAUAAAUCCUAGCAAGACUCAAGUUUUCUUUCGUACUUAUGCUCCUGUGCAUUUCAGAGGUGGAGAUUGGAAGAAAGGUGGAAACUGUCAUUUGGAAACACUACCAGAGCUUGGUUCCUCAUUGGUACCUAAAGAUAAUUGGUCACAGUUCAAAAUUGCCAAUUCUGCAUUAACAGCGCAAACAAACAACACUUCACAAUUUUUGAAGUACAAAGUAUUGAAUGUAACAAGAAUGACAGCUCAAAGAAAAGAUGGACAUUCAUCUAUAUAUUAUCUUGGUCCUAAUGCAAAUCCUACACAUCACCAAGAUUGUAGCCAUUGGUGUCUUCCUGGUGUACCUGAUACAUGGAAUGAGCUACUUUAUGCAUUUUUUCUCAAACAUGAGACUUCUCGUUAGAUGGAAAUUGCAACAUAACAUUAAAUUUUUUUAUGUAACAUUGUGAAAAAGGGAUAUAUGAUGCUGUUGGUAGACCAUUGUGAUUAGAUAUGGAAAACAACAACACUAGUGUAAUUAUGAAAUUUUGUUAUUAUUAGUUGAAUUGUGAAUACAGUCAUGAUGAUACAGAUUCAAAUUAUUGUUUUA